UGCAUUUUCACAGUGCUGCGCGUGUGGGGCGGGCUGGAUUUGCGUGAGUGGGGCCGGAUCUCAGUGCGGUGAUAGAGCGCGCACAGCGGCUGUGCGGAAGUUCUUUCAUCCGCGCUGCACAAGGGGCUUCGCCCUCGACAUCGGAUAUUCUCGUCCCAAGUUUUCGCUUGGACGAAGACAAACGAGGUGGAAAUUCUUCAUUCCGUGUAAUCCCUCGAAUCCUGUCGUUCGCUACAAGUUAGCGCCCAUUACCGUAGGGUAAUGGCAAGGCCAAGCCACAGCGAGCAUGUCCUGCAGCAGCUCAACAACCAAAGAGAGUGGGGUUUCCUCUGUGACUGCUGUAUCGCCAUAGGUGACAUUUACUUCAGGGCCCAUAAAGCUGUGCUGGCAGCCUGCAGCUCUUACUUCAGAAUGAUGUUCAUCCGAGAUCAGCAGGGAACGGCGCGAUUCGAUCUCAGCAACAUGCAGAUUAGCGCGGAGUGCUUCGAUCUCAUCCUGCAGCUCAUGUACCUUGGCCGUAUCGCUGUGGAUCACUAUGAGUUCGAUGAGCUGAAAUCCUCAAUGGCCUACCUACAAAUGUACUACAUCCCCGACUCGCUUGAGGACCUCAGAGACAUCCGGACUUCCAAUCUGACGCCCUCAUCUUCCGCAUCUUCCGCUUCGUCAUCCAGCUCCUCGUCCUCGUCCAGUGUAGCGGGCGGCAAGAUGAUGUUUGGCGUCCGCAUGUUUGAGCAGCAAAGGCCCAGCCCUGCUGAGAACGAACGUGCACCCAAGACUUCAACCACACCUACUCGUCAAAGCAUUAACAUUUCAACUGUCAGGCCUGCUGAAGAUGUGGUCAUACCACACCCUUUGCCACACUCAGAGACGGUUGGAGAUCAACCGUGUGACCUAAGGAAGAGGACUUCGGGCCGAGGCUCCACCAUUAAAGAACGUCCUCGUUUUGGUCGCACUUACACGUGUGAUGAUUGCGGCUUUGUGUUCAGCUGUGAAAAGCUGCUUAUUGAGCACAUCCUUACGUGCACCAACCGCAAAGCUUUCCAGACACCCAAAGUCGGCAAGGAGACGUACGGUGACACUGGCAAGGCGGAGAGUUUAACCUCGGAGGGGACGGAUGAACACAGAGCAGUUUGCAAGGGUGAAGAAGAUUGGUCAGACCACAAGUCAGACGCAGAGACUGUGAUCAGGUCUGUUGCCUCUGGCAUGGACGGUGAAACAACCUUCUCCAGGAAUAUAACCAUUAAAGUGGAAAGAGAUGAUGAUUCGGAGACAGACUUAGAAAGUGUGGUGAAGGUAGAAAACCAUAACAUGGGAAGCUGCAGGGUUCGCAGCAGGGUGUACAAAGAUGUUGCAGACCAAAUGAAAUUUGACAGCGAGGAAGAUGGAGGAAUUUCUGCAAUGGACGGCACCGGCAAUGCUUUGGAGGGUCAAAGUAAAGAUGCAAACGUGAUCAAAGAAGAGAAGCAAGAUGAAGCGUGUAUUCCUUGUGAAUUGUGUGGAGCUUUGCUGACAGAAGAGGAUCAGUCUGCUCAUUACAUCUCCAGCCACAUGGGACAUAUCUGUGCCUGUGGAAGGUGUGGCCAAGUGCUCAUUAAAGGCAGACAGCUGCAGGAGCACGCCGAGCGCUGCGGUGAGCCCCAGGGUCCUGAGACGGACUCUCCAGGCGACGACUCACCUCUGCUCGAAGAUGGAGAAGCUAUGGAAGAGGGUUUGCUUGAAGCAGCCGACAUUGGCUUUCGCUGUCCUCUCUGCGGUUUGAUAUUUGAAAGUGAAACUCUCGCUGUGGAGCACUCGCUGGCUUGUCCCGAACAGGAGCCGUUCCGUCCCGUCCUGUUGGAAGACAGCGGCGAGCCAGACCAUCGGCGAAAGCAUUUCUGUGCAAUCUGCGGCAAAGGCUUUUACCAGAGGUGUCACCUACGGGAGCACUACACCGUUCACACCAAGGAGAAGCAGUUUACUUGCCAAACCUGCGGUAAACAGUUCCUGCGUGAACGACAGCUUCGGUUGCACACUGACAUGCACAAAGGAAUGGCCCGGUACGUCUGCCCCGUCUGCGACCAGGGCACCUUCCUAAAACACGAUCACGUGCGACACAUGAUCUCCCACCUGUCAGCCGGAGAGACAAUCUGCCAGGUGUGUUUCAAAAUUUUCCCAAGCGGCGAGCACCUGGAGAAGCACAUGGAUGUGCAUCUGUACAUCUGCGGGGUGUGCGGAGAGAAAUUCCGCCUUCGGAAAGACAUGCGGAGCCACUACAACUCUAAGCACAACAAGAGACAAUGAAAGGCAGAGUCGGGUCUAUAAAAUAAGCCAUACUGUAAAUGUGAGAAGAAAUCUAUGCACUUAGACACCAAUUUCAACCUUUAAAUCUGCACUUUCUGUGUGUAUGCAAACUCUUGAAUACAUUACUCAAUGUUUGUGGUGGGAUAUAGUGCCUAGAGUAUUUGUUUUUCAGUUUUAAGAUAUCCCAAGUCGACUAAAUUAUGUGAUCAGUUGUGUUUCGGUUAAAAAUACUAGCUUGAACGGUUGUUGCUAUAGAUCAGAAAUCCAUCUUUUUGAAUAAUUACGUUUUAGUGGUGGUGCACAUGGACGUUUAUUUUUUUAAAUUUCAUUUUAUGAGGAAAGGUUAAUUGUUUUUGUUAUUAGUGGUGCUUUUAUUUCUAGAGGUCCAAACACAGGUGUCUUCAGCCAUUCUGCUUUUCUUUAGUCAUUUUUCAAGUAACUCUGGUAUCAUGCCCAUAAUUCUCUACGAUCAUUUGCUUACAGAGAUAAGGGAGAAUAGAUUACAAGUUUUGCUGUCACUAUUACUCCCUGCACCAGAACACUAAUAAUACUGUAUAUUAUGAUAAAAAGCAGAGAAAAACACUUCUUUCAGCUACCUGUAUGUACCUAGUAGUCACACCUACAAACCCAGGAAUCUAUGCAACCUGUUGUAAAUUUACCCCUAAAUUUUAGUGUGCAUUCACAGAGUACAAAGUAUGUUUCGUUGUGUAUAGCUACUUUGGUUUCCCAAAGAUAUUCAUCUACAGUUCAUCUAAGCAGAUUUAUGAAACAUUUCAUUGUGUGUGCAAGGUGUGUUUCUAAUAAGGAUUGUGUGUUGUUCAAUACUUAUUUUUAGCCUACACUGUUUUGCUCAGAGCAAGCUAUUUCAGUUUGCUUUUGGUUUAGGGUCCAUCCAGCGAAAUAGGUCUUUCAAUUCGCAAUUGCACAUAAAUUAUUACAUUAUUGUUUAAAUACACACAUUCAAAUUAAUUAUUUUGUCUAAAAUGUCCCAUAAAAAACCUAUAAUAGUUUGUGAUGUUCAUUUGGUGCUGCCAAUAAUUAUACAAAAAAGAACAGGCACUUUGGUUAAAUCUGGAACAGUGCUUGAUCCGUAUUUUAGUUUGAAGUCAUCCCAUCUAAGUAAACUGACUAAACUUGAGUUAAUGUUUGGAUUGUGUGAAAGUAUAUUAAGAUAUUGAGAGGUUUAAGAGUUUUUAUUAAGGACCAAAGCAACCAUUAGUAAUGAUAUCUUAAGGCUCAGAAGUUUGCACUGGGCGUACAGUGUAUUGUUGUGUGUUAUGAUCUAAAUAUGGUGAAAAUAUUUUUCUCGAGUGGUAAAAAUAAUAUUGCAAGGAAUAUAUGCAAAUAUUGUUUUUCUCUUGUUUUUUUAGCUUAUUUUUAAAAUCUCUUCAGUGUUUCAUAUGUCCUUGGCUUUAUGAACUAAAAAAUAAAGUUUAAACAUUU